AUGGCGGAGACGAAACCCCUCAUCAGACUCACCGCGGACGAGAUAAACUGUCUCGUAUACGCUUUUCUUGUCGACUCGGGAUUCAGACAUGCUGCCUUCAAUCUGCGAAUGGAGGCGCAACUCGAGAACGGUCCCAACUUUACGAAGCACAUACCACGGGGAGAGCUUAUUGACUUGCUCGGCAAAUCGCUCCUUUUCCGCGAAGUCGAAGCGCACUGGAAAUCAGACAACCUUGCGCUGAACUGUCAGGUUGGUUUCUCGCUGCUGGAGCCACAUAUUUGCUCUCUGGUGGCGCCGAAGGAAGAUGACCUUCCGCCCUCAGUCUACACCCAACGACCCCUUCUCCAGUCUAUGCAUGAGAUGUAUGGAAAACGGAAAGGCGAGGCACUCAACGGCGGUCCUGCGGACAAGAAACUAAGAAGAGACCUCAGUGACGGAGAAGGAAAACUUAAAAUCAAGGUGCAAGGUCCCAGUGACCAUGAGACCGACCCACGCGCUGUGCUUGUUCUUCCAGGACACAGUACAGAAGUAUUUGUUUGCUCUUUCAACCCCACCAAGCCAAAUGUCCUUGUUACCGGCUCUAAGAAUGCGGUCGUGAACAUGUGGGAUCUACCUUUUCCUCCACCUGCAUCGUCCGCCAACUUUUCUGUGGCCCCUGCAGAGGGACCCCAUCAAUUGGAACAUUUCCCGGAUGUCAUUCCAGGUGAUCUAACUAAUAUCGAGUGGAAUCACGACGGAUCCUUGGUGGCAAUCGGCUCAUAUGACACUGUAUUGCGCAUCUUCACGAUAACAGGCGACUUGUACAUGUCGCACACACAGCAUAAGGCUCCAAUAUUCGCGGCCCGGUUCUCCAGAACAGGAAAAUGGCUUGUUUCGUGCAGCUUAGAUGGAACAGCUUGCGUCUGGGAUGUUGAAAAUCGCGAGUUGCUGAUGCAAUAUCGCGGCCAUCAAGAUUGCUGUUUGGACGUUGAAUGGCUUUCGGAUGAAAUUUUCGCGAGUUGUUCAUCGGAUAAAACUAUCCAUAUUCUGCGAGUCGGCCAGGCGAACCCACUCGCCAUUCUGACUGGCCAUGAACGCGAAGUCAAUCAAAUUAGAGUCAAUCCAGCGGGGACUCGACUUAUUUCGUGCUCUGAUGACCAGACCGCACGGGUCUGGAAUAUCGAACACAUUCUGCGGCAGUCUGACUCAAACGGAAUGCUGGAAGACACUCCCGAACCGAUCGUUCUUUCUGGACACACCAAUUCGAUCCAGCUAAUUGCUUGGUGUUGUAAUCUGGAAGCGGGACCUAAUGAAGUUCUAGCAACCGGGUCUUCCGAUGGAACUGUACGUUUCUGGGACAGCAUAACAGGCGCAUGUCUCCAUAUCAUCGCUGACCACAAGCGGGGCGUAUUUUCGCUUCGUUUCAGCCCCGACGGCCAGCGCCUUGCAACAGGCGGUGGCGAUGGCUGGCUACACGUGUACGAUGUCAAGACGCGCCAACUUCGUUGGUCUUGGUUUGCUGGAUUCGACAAGCCCGGAAUUUUCGAUAUUGUCUGGCAGACACACCCGGCAUUGGGAGUGGACCGAAUCGCACUAGGGCUCGAGUGUCGUCAGGUGGCGAUUGUUGAUGUGUUGAAGGUUCCAGCGUUGCAGAAGUAG